AAUCCCACACCUCCAUUGCCAAACUAACUCCAUUCUUCUCAUCUCCUCCAUUUUCAUCCUCCCCCUCCACCAACGCAACCAGAAAUUCUUUAAAAUGGCCGGAAGAGACACGUCGUUCAGCAUGACAGAAAAGAUGACCAACCAUACACCUGCUCCACAGCACUCACCGUGGCACUCUCCUGUGCCUUACCUCUUUGGUGGCCUGGCAGCCAUGCUUGGGCUCAUAGCUUUUGCACUCCUCAUUCUCGCCUGCUCCUACUGGAAACUUUCUGGCUACCUCGAGAAUAACGAAGGACAGUCGUCGGGGGAGCCCGAUUUGGAAGCCGGAGAAGGUAAAAACGACGACGAUUCGAAGAAAGCGCAGCCGGUGUUGCAGGAGAAGUUCCUGGUCAUCAUGGCUGGAGAAGUGAAGCCGACGUUCUUGGCCACCCCUGUUUCGAGCAGUGCCAGUACCAGCAGGUCAUCUUCGUUCGGGGAAAGCAACAAGAGCUGCUGCAGUGAGCAGAGUGAGAAAUUAGAGGAUGAGAAGGAGAAAGAGAAAGAGAAGGAAUCGAGCAGUGCGGUUGAGUUACAGAGACGAAACUCGAACGCCACACACGAUUCCUCAGAUCAGACUUCCUCGUCACAGUAAAAUUUUGUCCUUAUUUUUGGAAAAUUGGUAUUGGGUUUUUUGAUGGGUUUGGUUUGUUGAGAACUGUAUAUGAUCCCCCUGAGGUUUGCAUUGUUAGAAAAAGUAAGACUGGGCAUUGGUUUAUGUAGCAGUCAGAUAGAGAUUUUCUUCCUUGAUUUUAUUUUCUUGGAAAAGUUCGGGAAAUGUAUAAAUUCAAAUGAGAUUUGAAUGGAAGAAAUAGCAAGUAAUCUAAAUAUAAACCAAAAAAAUUCGGUGGUAAUUUAAACAGUUCUCCAUCUCCGAGAUCCGGCGGAUAAAGUUAGAAACAGCUGAAGUGUUUAUAGGAAAAGAAAGAAAGGACAGAGAAGAGCGCAGAGGUAAAGUGAGUUGGCCAGCCAGAGCAAUGCAGAGGAAGAAGAAGGCACGUGUGAGAUACGUGUAAGGGUAGUGGUGAUAGGGGUGGUGGUAGGUGUCCCUGAUGCGGCGAAGGGAAGUUGUGAGUACGAUCUGAGACUCCCAACAAAAAUAUUUGAAAAUUUUAAUAAUUGAAAUUAUUGUUUUCAAGAUUGCUUCAUCUUCACUGGGUGGAAUUCUCUGUAGGAUGAUCCAACAGUAGAGCUCCAGAGACCAGAUAAAAUGUACUUACUGUGAACUAUUAAUUA